AUCCCUUUAAGAUUCCAAAAUUUAGUUCUGAUGUUGAGUUAAGACUCAAAACUGGAAACGAUGCAUUUGCUAAAGAUGGUUCGCUGAUGUCGGAUGGGAAGGAUGUGCCGAAAGAGUUAAAAACAGACAUCCUAGACAAACUAGCAGAGGCCAUGUAUUCCUUUAAAACACAUCCAACAAGUGCAGAGUGCGGCCUGGUGGCAAAAUCACUCAUUGAUAGAUAUCCAUGCCUAAUGGAAAGGGGCUCUUCCUGUGGGUGGUAUGGGUGGAGGUACAGGCUGGUGUUUAAAAUGGGCAAUUUUAGACAGAAGCUCCGGAUUGCUGGGUCAUUGGAGCUGUCUGUGAACAGCAAGCAGCCAGCCUCAGGGUUGAAAAGAAAAAGGCAAAAGCCAAGAAAGUCCGAGGUCAAUUUCCUGCCCGAUUUUCCUAAUGGAAAGACCUCAAACACUCUUGAAGAGGAGCGAUGUGCUUUGGAGGAUGAGAUGAAGAAAAGGACUUUCGAUGGAAGGAAAGUGGAUGUCCUCAUGGAGAGCACCUUUUCUCUCAGAAGGAAAGAGGUCAUCGGAGAUGAGCCCCUAGUGAAGGAUGUAAAAAGCAGGUGGUCUGCUUUAUUUUCAGAGCGACAGAUUGCGACAGAAUUCAGACGGAUUGUGUCCGUAGACCUCAAGAAGACCUUUUUUGAUCGACUUGAUGAAUUUGUGCCAAGGUUCCUGAGGUUAUACAGGGCAAGAGACAAUCCUGGCGAAGAACUACAGGUCCUUCUCCAGUCUCUGGAUGAAGAUAUUUCGAACCAGCAGAAGAGAGCAGUUGUCCUUCUUGGCCUGCCUUACUUCCUUAAAGAGGAGCCCUCAAAGUUUUACAAGACCUGUGAUCCGACUGAUGAUGAAGCUGAGAUGCUCAAAGGGAUGAACAUCGGGAUCCUGGUGGUCACAGAGGAGAAUUCUGCGAACCUUCUCCCAAAGGAGAUCAUUGACGUUGCGCUGGUGUUGGAAGAGGAAAUAGUUCUUCAUGAACUGAACGAUGUCCCCAACGCCUUUGCUCUUCUAAUUGGUCUGCUGUACGCCCUUAACAUAGACUAUCCAAAGGACCUGAAGUAUACCUUCGAGGUAAUCCAAAAGGUGAUCUUGAACAUAGGAGGAGACGCGUGCUCACCAAAAGUACAUGGACUCCGGAACAGACUCCUGUGUAAGACACCCUAAGACCCUAAGAAUGUGUGCAGAGUGGGUUUGAGUUCUGAGAUACUGAGGUUUUUGCACUCACUGACUCACUCACUCACUCUCUUGAACUUACACGCACAAUCACACACACACACACACACACACACACACACACACACACACACACACGCGCACUCACACACACUCAUACAC